AUGGCAAUUUGCGUUCUCCGUACGUCUUUUAUUUUAGAUUUUUUUAAAAAAACUGAUUGGUUUCAAAUCUUUUUAUUGCAAUUUUGAAAAAAAUCCUGCAAGAAGGGAAUUUAUAUUGAAGGCUAAUAGUUCUAUUUCAAAAAAAUAGUAGUGACGGAGUUUCCAUGUAUUUAGUUGAUCCACUCGUUUUGUUUCAUUUAAAAUUCUGCGUUUUUUCCAACUUUGAAAAGUGAAAAAUAAUUCCAAAACGCUUCUUGUGCAUAAAAAACCUAUUAAAAUGCUUUAAAAUGUAUAUUUCCAGGCACCAGCUUGAUUUACUCCUCGGUUCUUUUUGCAUUCAUGGUUUCUGUUCAUCAUCUGGCUCCUCCUGUGUGAGAAAUUUUUUCUUCUUAUUUUUUUGUAGUCAAAUUUUCAUUUCAGAAUUCAGACGCGUGUUGUUUUCGUUGGCUCUUUUGCUUAUUUGGUCUUCCUUCGUUACAUUCAUUACAUUUUCAAUGUUGUCGAGUUGGCCAGCCAUGCGAACGUCGUCCAGCUCAUCAUUACGCUUCGUGUGAGCUUUUCGUUUCAUUUUUCUUUCUAGUUACUCAAAUAUAUUUUUUUAUUUGAUAAAAAUUUUUAGGUAAUUGGAUUGACAUUUGAAAUCAGCGACUAUCAUCAUGCUAAGAAGACCGGAAAAGCCGCUGAAAAACGGAUGAUCGACGCCGUGCCGACGCUUCUCGAAAAGUUCUUUUAUUGCUAUCAUUUCUGCGGGCUUUUCACUGGUAGGUUUUGAAUUGAAUGUUUUUUAAAACAUAUAUUUAAAUGAUGGAAAAUACAUAUAAUCACAUAGAAUCUAAUUAAUUUUUGAGAAAAGUGAAAUGGGCUUUAUUGGCUUUUAUUUUCAGGAAGAACCAAUUUUUUCACAUUAUAUAGAAAAGCUAUGAAUUUUUUUUUAUUCCGUAACUUUGUUCAAAAGUGUAGGCUUCAUGAAAAAAGUUGUCAGUUGCUUAUUUUUAUAGCAUCAUAAGAAAAUACAGUUAGCGGUCUCUCUAGUAAUUUAUUUAAACAUUUCUUUGCCCAAAAAAAUUUCAUAUUCUCUUCUUUUUUUCUUCCUGCUUUGGUAUCAUGUGCAUUUCAUCUUUCAGCUCAAUUUUUUCAGGACCGUACUACACCUACGUGAUGCUUCAUGAUUCAACAAACGCCUACUUGAAAAACUGGAACCCAUCUUCUGAGGUGUUCAAUCGCCUCCAGAGACUUUUUUGGUCCGUGCCAAUGUUCGUCAUCCUUAAUAAAAUCUUCCCAUUGGAUGUGAGUUGGGAAAUAAAUUAGAAACAAUAAUUUGAUAAUUCAGGGUCUCCGAACGGAUGCCGUUUGGGAAAUGACUCUUUUCUACAGAUUCGUUUACGCCGCCGCGGUCUUCGCUGUGUUCAGAGCUCGUGUCUACAGGUUUGUCAAACUCAACAUUUUUUUAUAUUUUUUUAUAAUAAACGGAUUAUUUUAGUGCCUGGGCGAUUGCCGAAUCGAUCUGCGUCCUGCUCGGAAUCGGUGUCUAUCCUGCGUCAAGCAAGCCGAAAAUCGUCGUUGGCCCAACCGAUCUUGCCGAGUUCAACAAGAGUCUGACCAUUGAGAAUCCUGAAAUGUCCACGGAAGCCAUUGUCAAUUUGGACAUUCCAAAGGUUAAAUCGAUGAGAAAAAAAUGUAUAAAUAGAAAAAAAAACUUACAUAUCGUUACCAAAAAAAGGCCUGGUUGCAAAGGUGAUUUUUUGAGUUUGAGAAAGAACAAAUCUCUGGUAAAGCCAAAACAUAAAAAAUUAACGAAUGAAGUUAUGAAGUCUUUUUUGAAAGUAUACCUUUUUCGAAAAACGCUUGGGGCACGCUGUGAUCGAUUAGAAAUUCGAUAUUGAAACGGGAAAACAUUCUUCAGGUCGAAGCCAGCGAUGGCUUCCGCGAAGGAAUCCGGUCUUGGAAUCGGUCUGUACAAAGUUGGCUGGCUCUCUACGUCCAUUCUCGUAGCCCCAAGGCUUACCGGUAAAAAAAUAUUUUUCUUUUUCUUCUUUUAAGUGUAUUUUUCAGUGUUGAGCUCACUCUUUUUGUCAGCGCCCUGUGGCACGGCACCUAUGCUGGCUACUUCAUGUGCGUUCUCAACAAAAGAUUUUUUUCAAAUUCAAAAGUAUUUCAGGUCCUUUUUGAUCGUCCCUAUGUGCACCACAAUCGAGGACAUCAUUUUCCGUAUGGUUCCGGUUGAGCCUGAGACUGGCAAGCGUCCGUUUUGGUUCAGAAUCAUGUAAGUUUUGACUGGAAUAUAAAGAGAUUUUUAAAGCUCUGAGCUUAAACAAAAUUUGGAAAAUGAUCGAAAAUGAAUAUUCUUCACAUAUUUUCCUUCUUUCCCCACCCAAUUUGGAGUUGCAGAGCCUAAAAACUCGAUGACAAAAAAAUCAUCAGAAAAGUAGAUAGGAGCAAAAACUCAACUUAUCUGAAUUAAACAAAAAAUAUUUAAGUUAUAUCCUGACUUUGCGCUCCCGUGGGUUUGAUAUGCUUGCCACUGGAUUCUUGCUCAAGAAUUUCCAUGACACCCAUCGGUAAGCACCCUUUCUCAACUUCCCGUUUCAAAAAGGCAUUAUUUUCAGUUUCUGGUCGUCGAUCUACUACUGGCUGCUCAUUGUGGCUUUGCCGAUCUAUCUUUUUGACAAGAUCAACUACUUUAUGAAGAAAAAGAAGGAUACUUCGACCCCUUCUACGGCUCGACCUAAGGCCGAAUAA